AUGAACAUUGAUGGAAAUGAAGGAUUUAAUAAACGAGCUGAAUUUUUUAAACUAAGUGCUGCUCUAGAUAUGAUAGGCAGACUGCAUCUGGAUUUAUUUCAUCAAGAACGCUUAUUACUGAAUUUAGUGGAUGUCAAAUUAAAACUUAUUCGCAGUAAACCAGAAUUUUGCUUAAUGGCGGAAAAUGGUGACUACAAAGUCGCACUUGAACACGUUUCACUUUUCGUGCGUAAAGUUCAUGUUAGUCCAGCUGUUUCACUAGGACAUGCUAAAGCUUUGGAAAAAGGUUCUGCAAAAUAUCCCAUUCAAAGAGUUCUAUGCAAAGUAUUUUCCAUUCCUCAAGGCAAUAUGUCUUUUGUUCAAGAUAAUGUAUUUGUGGGUCAGAUGCCCAAACGUAUCAUUGUGGCUUGUUUAGAUAACGAUGCCUUAAACGGAAAUUAUAAAAAAUCGCCUUUCGAAUUUAAGCAUUACCAUAUGAAUUUUAUAGGGGUUUACGUGGAUGGGCAGCCUUUACCUUAUAAUCCAGUUGAGCCUAAUUUUGAUCAGAACAAUUAUAUUAGAGCAUUCCAAAGUUUAUUUCUUGGAACUACUAACAGAGAAGACCGAGGAAUUGAUAUAUCCAGAGAAGAUUAUGCCAAAGGAUACACAUUAUUUGCAUUCGAUUUAAGUCCAGAUUUAUGCGAUGGAGAGCAUUUUAAUCUUAUUCGUCACAGCAAUUUAAGACUUGAAGUGAAAUUUGGUGUUGCUUUGGAACAGACAAUAUCAGUUCUCGUUUAUGCGGAGUUCGAAAGUGUUCUUGAAAUAAAUAAGUCAAGGACUGUUUUGUCAGACUUUUAA